AAAUGGGUGGUGCUAACGAUAUCUGGUUACAUAACUCUUACAAAACAUUUUUAGCUUAUGCUCUACCUCAACUACUAUUCAUGUGUCGAGAACCCUUUAAAUAUUUUUGGCACAACUUAAUUAAAUUUAAACACAAGUUUGUUGAGUUAGAACAUCUUAAAGAAGAAAUAGAGGAAAAAAU